GUAACAUUGUCGGGACAUCAUGGCAGCGUCAUCAUGGAACCCGUUCAAGUGGAUCACGGUCACGUCCGUGUCCAUCGCCGUAUUUGCGGCGUACUUUGCCUUUACUGCGUCCCAGAUCUACGGCAUCAUGUUUCCCACGUGGGACUUGAAUCCAGGCGACUUGUUCCUCGGUCCACUGUGGAAGGAAGGGCAAGUCAUGGACGGCGAGUGCUACAUAUCCCCGCGGCCCAACUGGGUGGCGUCGGACUUCACCAGCUCGCGCGUGUCGUUUAUGGGACACUUCAACGACCUGUCGUUCGAUUCCAACACCAACGCCGAGGCCAUCGAGUUUAACAUUUCCAGCUCGGCCAACGACACCACGUCCUUGAACGCACACAUGUGGUCCCGCCUUCGCCACAACGAAACCGUGUACCUGCAUGUGCAUCUCACGCAACGUGGCGCGUCGCCGAAUCCAAACAAACCCAACUACCACAAGCUUCUGACGCUGCAUCAAGUGACCCCGCUGACCAAGUUUGCCCCACGUCGCAACGUUCAAAAUGCGACGCGGUUGCUGGAUGCAUUUUGGAACGGCGGCCCUCCAGAUGACGCGCCGAGUCCUGCGACAGAGGAAGACCCGGCACUCUCUGCGGACGUCGUGUCGUACUGGAAGCCCGACAUGGCCGUUCGAUUCGUCACGUGUUUCAAGAAAUUCCCACUAGCAGAGAUUCCGCAAUUAGUGUUCAACAACCUUCGCAUGGAGAACAUUGAAAACGAAGGCUGGAAGUACAUGCCAGUGCUGUACGUGGAUGAGAUGGGCAUGACAAGCGAGAAGCUCAUUCCGUUGAAUCGUUCCGUGUCGACCCUACCACUCAAAUUGAGCUUUGAACCGAUGUCGUAUGCACGGUGGCAAAUGAUGAUGACGUUUGAAAAUGCCUUGAAACAACAAAAGGACUUGGGAUUUGGAGAAGACGAAAUCGACAACAUGCGCUUGAUGAUUGCGGAGACGAAUCCGUAUUUACUGACCGUGACCAUGGCCGUGUCGAUGCUGCACAUUCUAUUUGACUGGUUGGCGUUUAAGAGCGAUAUUUCGUUUUGGCAGAAAAACGAGAGCUUGGUUGGCAUUUCUAUUUGGAGCAUGGUGUCGUCCUUGGUGUCUCAGACCAUCGUAUUCCUAUACUUGAUCGAGCAACAUACGACGCUGCUGAUUGUCGUGCCGAGUGGUAUCUCGAUUGUAAUUCAAUUGUGGAAACUCGGGAGGGCCACUCGGCCCAAGGUAUCGCUGUCGUGGACGACGCUGGUGAAAAUCGAGUUUACAAGGACGGAUAUGUCGUCUGCGUCCAAUGAUAUCGACAAAGUUGCCAUGACGUACAUGGGGUAUACAUUGUAUCCGAUGCUGGUGGGGUAUUCCGUGUAUUCUUUGCUUCACAAAGACCACACGAGUUUCUACAGCUGGAUUUUGGGCAGCCUCACUGGCAGUGUGUAUGCUUUCGGCUUUAUCAUGAUGACCCCACAGUUGUACCUCAACUAUCGACUGAAAAGCGUGGCGCACUUGCCUUGGCGGUUUUUGAUUUAUCGUGCACUGAACACGUUCAUCGAUGACCUGUUUGCGUUUGUGAUUCACAUGCCCACGAUGCACCGCAUCAGGUAAACUCGUGGCCGAGGCGUCUCGUGACUCUUUUUAUGUCGUAUGUACGUACGCAGCUGCUUUCGCGACGACAUCAUUUUCUUCAUCUACUUGUAUCAACGGUGGAUUUACCCUGUGGAUACGUCACGUCGACACGAAGACGAGCAGGAACAAGAAGGCGACAAGCAACCAGCCCACGAGCACAACGACUAGAAACCAGCCUCUUGUCAAGUAAUCCAUCCAUUUUUCGAUAAUAAAUAAUCCUGUCAGCGUGUUAUA